ACAUGACUGAUGGAGUCGCACCAGUGGAGUUGCGCGUGUGAGCUCUGUCUGUCCAAUCGCAUCCUCCUCAACUGCUUGCGUGAUCGACAAACGCGAGGAAGUGUGCCCGGAGUCCGCAGAGAGUCAUUCAUGCGAUUAUCGGACAGUUCGGACAAAUGGCGGGAGAGACAUUUAGAUCGUUAAGGUUGUGCCGUCGUCAUUUGGCUCUGUUUCGGAGAUGUCCUCGGUUUCUAGAUCCCCAAGUGCCCCAACAGUGUUUUUCUUCACACAGAGUUGUAAAGAGACACAGGCUCUUUAGGAAGCUGUUGUUUGGCAUCUCCGUUGGCGGGUCAAUUGUGCUUGGGGUGGGAUAUGGGGUUUCUGAGCCCAGAGAGAGGAGGAAGAUGAGAAUAUUAGCAGAGGGAGUUGGGCGUUUCUGCAGGUCUCUCUAUGUCGGCCUUAAGAUAUCAGCUGAUUAUUGGUGGACGUCUAACAUUGCUCUGCGGGGCAUGGAUGAGAGCAGUUCAGGUUAUUCAGAGGUCAUGUCUGCGUGUCAUCAGAGAGCAGCCAAUAGCAUGGUGGAAGGAGCCAUUCAGAACGGAGGCUUGUAUAUUAAGCUGGGGCAGGGCCUGUGUGCAUUCAACCAUCUUCUACCUCCAGAAUAUAUCUGUACCCUGCAUGUGCUAGAGGAUAAAGCUCUAAACAGACAAUACAAAGAGGUAGAUGCUUUAUUUCAGGAGGACUUCAAAACGACUCCAGAAAACAUGUUCAGGAAAUUUGACUAUGAGCCUAUGGCAGCUGCAAGCUUGGCCCAAGUUCACAAGGCUGAACUGCAUGAUGGGACACCAGUGGCUGUGAAGGUGCAGUAUAUUGAUCUCAGGGAUCGCUUUGAUGGUGAUAUCAGGACUUUAGAGAUUCUGCUGGACAUUGUGAAGUUUAUGCACCCUAGCUUUGGUUUCCGUUGGGUCUUACAGGACUUAAAGGGAACGUUAGCACAAGAACUGGACUUUGAGAAUGAGGGCAAGAAUUCUGAACGCUGUGCGGAGGAGCUGAAACACUUUACAUUUGUAGUUGUGCCCAAAGUAUUCUGGGAUUUCACCAGCAAGAGGGUGCUUACAGCAGAGUUCUGUGAAGGAUGUAAAAUCAACAACAUAGAGGAAAUUGAGCGUCAAGGACUAAGUUUGAAAGAUGCAGCUGAUAAGCUUAUUCGCACAUUUGCAGAACAAAUCUUUUACACAGGCUUUAUUCAUGCUGACCCUCAUCCUGGAAAUGUGCUGGUAAGAAGAGGUCCAGAUAAAAAAGCUGAGUUGGUUCUGUUGGAUCACGGGCUGUAUGAACACCUCAGUAAAAGUGACAGAGUGGCUCUGUGUCAGCUGUGGAGAUCCAUAGUCCUGCGUGAUGAAGCCGGCAUGAAGAGAUAUGCAAAUGAGCUUGGGGUCAAAGAAUACUUCCUGUUCAGCGAGAUGCUCCUGCAGCGGCCAAUCAACAUGUGGGAUCUGGGCCUGGGUAACAUCCUGACUCGAGAAGAAACGACAUACAUGCGUGACAUGGCCAUGAAUCGCUUCGAUAACAUCAUGCAGGUGUUAAAGUCCAUGCCUCGGCCCAUGCUGCUGGUGUUCAGAAACAUUAACACGGUCCGAAGCAUUAACAUCACUCUGGGGGCUCCAGUCGACCGAUACUUUGUCAUGGCCAAAAGUGCUGUGAGAGGAUGGGGGAGAAUACAAGCUAAUGACACCAGGCUGCUGCACAGACUGUCUGUCUUCCACUGUGUCUGGUCCUUCUGGGAGAGCAUCAAGUUUGAAUUUGCUUUAAGGUCAGAGAUGGCACUUAUGAGCAUCACUCGCUCUCUGCUUCAGCUUCUGUCUUACUGUGGUAUCAUCACGUUGAACCAGGACGUGUAUCAGUAUUUGAAAUGAAGCUC